AUGGUAUUUUUGUCAUUCGUUUCGGUCUCUGAGACUUCAAAACAUUUACCCAAUAAAAACGAUACUAAUAUAAUAGCAAUAAAUAAAAAAUUGAAAUCGAAAUCGAAAUCUUCUCCUACAUUAGUAACUGUUGUUAACGAGAUACAAUCAAUCAAAGGAUAUAAUAAAAGACAAAAAUCAAUUAAUUUCAAACGAAAACGUCUUAUUCAUAGUGAUUCAAAUAAUAGUAAUUCAUCAACAAAACUAAAAUCGUAUUCACAUUCAAAUUUAGAAUAUAUGUCCAGAAAUAAAAAAGAAGCUCGUAUUCAUCAUAGUAGUAAGACCAAUUGUUGUAAUUCGUGUAAUUAUUGUUUUGGUGAAAUCGUAUCAUGUAAGAUGUGUUCGGCAACAUUUCAUCUUGAUUGUAUGAAUCCAUCAUUAACAAAAGAUGAUAUACCAAAGGAUGCUUAUUUUUGUGAAAAUUGUCAAACUAUAACAAAAACACAAGAAGAUUCAAUGAAUAAAAAUAAACAGCAAAAAAUUAUUCAAUCAUUCUCAUUUAAUCCAAAGAAAAAUUUACAUGAAGAAAAUUCUAAAAAACAUCACCAUUAUCAAUCAAAAUUAGGACAAAUUAAGUUACCGACAGCAUCAAAUGGUCAAUCUUUAGUACAACCAUCAGGUGAAAUUAAAUUUCGUACAAUAAAUAACAAUAAUGAAAAGCAUAAACAUUUUUUAUUAUCUUCAUCAAAUCUCAAACGAAAAUGGAUUGAUUCAUCAUCAUCAAUGAAUUUUCUUAUUAAUAAUCGUAUAGGAACUUCUAAUAAUCACUUAGACACAUUACAUCGUUUAGUUCUUUCAUCUCAGACCGAAGAGUUUCAUUGCCCAUCAUCAAUAAACGAUUCAAUAUAUAAUCAAGAUCAAAACUAUUGUUUUACAUGUCGGAAGUCUACUGCGCUACAAGGGCCAUCCAUACAUUGUGAUUAUUGUCCAUUAACAUAUCAUUUAGAUUGUUUAACACCUCCCAUGACAUUAUUACCAUUACUAAAUGAAAAAUGGAUGUGUCCAAAUCAUAUCGAGCCCCUAUUAGAUCGUUAUUUAGCAAAGAAAAAGAAAAUAUCAACCAGUGAACGAGUAAAAAUCUAUCAUCAAUAUCCACAAAAUCAACAAAAUAUAAUUAGUCAAGAAUUUUCACAUAUAAAACAAACAAAAGAGUAUGUCUUAUCGAAUACAAUAAAGAAUCAUAGAUUAGAAUCUGUUAAUAUUAGUCAAAUACCUAAAGUUAUUGAAGAUUUUUAUUUGAAAGCAAAUGUUAUACAAAACAAUGUUUCUGAAAUGGAAGUUGACAAUGCAAAAGAAGAGAAGCAUGUACAGACUAGUCUUCUUUCCAAUUAUACUACAGAUACAUAUGAUCCAUGUAUAUGGGACAUUUUACAAGCAAUAAUUGAUCAUAUUGUUAAUAAUAAUAUUUAUGAAAUUUCAUUGAUAGACAGGUCACUAAUUGAGAAUGAUGAUCGAACGAAAUCUCCACUACAAAAUGAAUCGAAUACUUUUAAUACAAUUGAUUCAUUAUUGCAAGCAUUAAAUGAACCAAAUUAUAAAUUAGAACAAUGUACAGAUCAUAAAUUAAAUAGUUGCGAUAUUCCUAUUAUUACGAAUAAUGAAGAACAACAACAGCAACAAAUACCAACCUCAUCUAUCGAUACAUUUUCCCAUUUAAUUGAUCUUUCACAAUUUCGUUUAUCUCAUGCGGCUCUCAUUCAUUUAAAUUCACAGAAUGUUAUAUAUAUUCGAAAACAUAUUAUUUGGUUCGGUUCAUCGUCAUUAAAUGAUAUAUGUUUAAACGAUUAUCAUUCUCCUACAUGUCAAUUUAUAACUGAACGACAUGCUUGUUUAUAUUAUGAUCGAAAAAACAAUUUAUUUGAGUUAUUAAAUUAUAGUGAAUAUGGAACCAGUGUAAAUGAUCUUCGCUAUGGUUUAGACAUCAUAAAUGAUAAUAAUUAUAAUAAACAAGAGAAUGAUAAUCUAUCAAAAUGUUCUUGUUUAACUCAAUCAGUUUAUAAACCAUCUUGGGAUGGGCCAGCUCAAAUUGAACAAGGAACAGUAAUCAAAAUAGGCUGUCAUGAAUUUCUUUUUUACCGGCAUAUUGUCCGAUAG